ACCAAUCUUACAUUUUGGGCUUCUUUCAUCUCUUUGUUUGUCAUCGUGUUCUGUCACCACCGACUCGCACUCCUAUCAUUCCCAAUUCCUAAUUCUCAAUUGGCAAUUCCCAAUUCGCAUUCUUUACAAUACCAUACAAACCCUUUAUUUUUCAUCACAUUUCAUGGAAUCGCAUUCAUAAUUGGCCUCUUAAAAAUGCACUCUUUCAGAGACAAAGUCACGCAGAAGUUCUCUUAUCUCUUUCCCAACUCCUCCUCGUCCCAGGAUAGUCCUUAUUCUCAAGAGGAUAAACCUGUGUCUUCAUAUUUAUCUUACAUUAUCCCUUCGAUCAGCUUUGAUGGAUCCAAUACGAGCAAGUAUCAAAAUGAGAAUAAAUCACCUUCUGCUGGAUAUAAUUAUGAGAAUUUUGACUAUCAGGAUGUUCCAUCUGAUAAUUAUGUUGACUGUAGUCCCGUGUACAAUAAUAUGGACUCUGUGAAAGACAGUAAUGAUAAUAAUAAUAAUGAGGAUCAUACCUCUAGAAGGAGCAGUAGCAGUUCUGAGGUUUUUGAGGAAGCAAAUGAGCAGCAACCCCAGGCUUCAAAGAAGUCUCGACUCAAUCUUAGUGAUGAAUCUACUUUUAUAUCUCCUGAAUUGUAUGAAUUUUUGGAAAUAUGCCUCCCUAAUAUAGUGAAAGGACGCCAAUGGGUCUUACUAUAUAGUACGUUAAAACAUGGAGUAUCACUUCGAACACUUAUUCGCAAGAGUUCUGAGCUUUCAUGUCCCGGUUUGCUGAUCGUGGGAGAUAUGCAAGGUGCUAUUUUUGGUGGGCUGCUUGAAUGUCCCUUGAAACCUACAGCAAAGCGAAAAUAUCAAGGAACAAGUGAAACUUUUGUCUUUACAACUGUAUAUGGUCAGCCAAGGCUGUUUCUACCUACUGGUGUCAACCGAUACUACUGCAUGUGUAUGAAUGAUUUACUUGCACUUGGUGGUGGGGGUAGUUAUGCUUUAUGCUUAGAAGAGGAUUUGUUAUCUGGGACUAGUGGACCAAGUGAAACAUAUGGAAACUCCUGUCUUGCUCACAGUCCAGAGUUUCAGUUGAAGAAUGUCGAGUUGUGGGGUUUUGCACAUGCUUCCCCUUUUCAAGGCUAAGAUGCUUUUGUUUGAUGUCCAAAAGAAGCGUCUCUCUCUUCUACCUUUCUUCUCUGUUUGGAUGUAGUUUAGUUUAGCCUUGAGAUGUUUAUCAAUUUGAUGUACCUACUCAGACAUGCUCCAAAUUCUUAUAGUAGUGUAUUGUUGCUUGAAAUUCCAUUUUUUUAAAGUUUGGGUUUGUGAAAGCGAAAUGGUCUGAAGGUUGUGAAGUAGAAUGUGAGGUGAGGAAUCCACUCACAAAACUGCCAAAAAACACAAAGCACUAACUAGGCUAUUCUACAUGCAAUAUAUGCAUUAACAAGAAGGCCAGGUAUCCAACGUCAAGAGUUUGUACCUCAGUUCGGUAACCACAAAUAUAACAUUGGUUUUACAAUUUGAUUUGACAAACUAAACAAAUUAGAGGCAAGUCCUUUGAUGAUGGUUUAAAGCAGUGCCACUACGCUCUCGAAUAUAUUCAAAAUGAACAAGGAUGUCUAUCGCUGGAAACUUGCUGGCCACAUGACAAAACCGUAUCUACAACUAUGUAAUUUAAUUGACUUUGGUUUAUGUCUUCUAAACCUUGAUUAAGUAUAUUGAAUUAUAAUUACUCGUGUUUGAUC